UUAAUAUUCAUGAGCUCAGCCUUCGACUGCUCGAGAUUUAUCGCGUCAGUGACGGAUGCGCAACUUAUUUUUAUUCUCCAUGUUAAAUAAUGAACGACAUAUUGAUUUAAUAUUAUAGAUGAGGCGGUUUUGUGUUGUAAGUCAGACUGCAGAGAAGCUUUGAAAGAGUCAACAGUGUGCGAGAUGAUGCAGAAAUCAAUGGAUCAGCAAACUGUAUCCAGGAGAUCCGAGCAAACAUCAGAUGUCUUCUCAUAGAGAUUCAGUGCAAGAUGACCAAUUUGAACUGUUGGGGGCGUCAUGGCAGACAAACGGCCCCUCAGAAUGGAGGCAGUAGAAGUGAUCUGCUCCGGGCUCCGCUGCAUUCCAGGGUGAAUGGUUGGUCCCUGCCACUCCAUGUGUUUCAGCCCAUAGCCUGGCUCAUCUACAGUUUUAUGGCCAUCGUUGCUUUUGGGAUUUAUAUUCCUCUUCUUCCAGCACCAUGGAAUUUUGCAGCAUACGGCUUGGUUGGCACAGCGUUUGCUCUGCAUUUGUUGACUCACGUGGCGGCGGUGACAAUCGACCCGGCAGAUAUCAGCGUCCGCAGCAGGAAGGAAUAUUCCAGCCCCAUGCCUGCGUUUGACAACAGCAAACAUAGACAUGUUAUUGAUAAUCUGCACUGUACCUUGUGUGAGGUGGAUGUGGGACCUAAAGCCAAACACUGCAGCACCUGCAACAAAUGCAUCGCAGACUUUGAUCAUCAUUGCAAAUGGCUGAACAACUGUGUUGGAGGCAGAAACUACUGGUUUUUCUUCAUGACUAUCUUUUCGGCUGUGUUGGGAAUGAUUCUGAUUAUUCUCGUCAUCUUGUUUGUCAUCAUCGUUCACUACGUCAACCCGGCGCUUCUGCGCACUGCACCACAGUUUCAGACUGUUAAAGGAAAUGGAACGUGGUUGGUUUUCCUUCCGGCCGCUCCGUUAGAAACCAGCUCCAUUAGUCUAAUGGUGUUGGCUUUCAUCUCCAUCAUACUGGGUCUAGCUUCUCUCUUGUUGCUUUGCCAUUUAUUGUGCUUCCAUAUUUACUUAUUAUCUCAGGGCAUUAGCACUUAUGAGUACAUCGUGAGGAAGCGUCAAUCACCAAACGCAAAAGACAAAGAGCAGCAAGUUCCCGCAGCAUCUUCUAAUGGAACCAGCACACAGAGUCUUGGGCCGUUGGAAUCACCGGUCGACUGUGACGCUACGUUGACCAGCAAGUCUUGUACCUUCAAUCCGGAUGACAGAGGACAAGCAUCCAAUCGACUGCCAGAACCAAUUUGUGCUGAGAUGGAAGCAGGGGGCAGCGAAAGACAAGCAGACUACAGCUCAGAGUCACCAACACAAAUGAUUCCAGGCGAACCUAUGAUGUCACUUCCUGUUGGCUGGAACCCCAGCAGUGUAGAGAAGCCUGAAGGUGCAGGACAGAGGAAUGUUACACAUGUAGAGGGAAUUCCUGUUGUACAAGAUCCGCUGGGAAGUUCCAUCAUGGAUACAACAGCUGAUAGCUGACACACAACCGGAGGCCGUGCAGGGUUUGAGGAGCCAUUAAUGUCAUAGACUGAAGGACAUCAUGUGGCAACUGCAGGAUAUGACAUCACAGAUUUACAGACAGCAAUGAGAAGCACAUAGGCUUACUAAACAAGCACUGCAGUUAUGUUGAGAAUAGCAUACUAACAUACAUGCAGUAUAUCAUAUGUGCACUAUACCGUGUACGGUAUAUCUUUGCAGAUUUUCUAUAUAUGCAUUUUUUCAAAAACUUGAAUAACAAAAUGCAAAAGUAUGCUGUAAGUGUGUACGCUUCCUCAUUUUUUUGUAAGUCGCCUUGAAUGAAAGAGUUUAAGAGGCUGUGCUAUAUGUUGUAUUUGGGUAUGACCGUCUGAUCGAUUUAUUUUAGGGUUUUGUUUUGGUAAAAUUUGUUGUUUACAUUACAGCUUUGACAAAAUAUCCCAAGGUUAAAAUGCAUUUUCAAUUAAAAAACUGAUGUGUCAAUGCAUUGCUGUACUGUAUUAGUUAUUUUUAUAUUUUGAAAUAAAUAUUCCUAAAUGAUUCUAAGGAUUGAUCAACCAUGUUUUACCACAUGAUGGAGCUGUUGAGUAAUGAGUUGACUGAUGACCUCUUUAAACUAAUACUGUACAAGCUGAUUUUUCAUUCAAAUAUACUGAACAGGGCAUUGGAUCACUUAGGAGAAGUGAUAUGUUGUUAGUAUGUUUUGGUAUCAGUAUAUCAUUUACUGUUAUGUAGUGGGAGACUGAAGCUACUUGUUAACAAUUACAAGAGCUCUGUUUACACAAACACUUGUUUAGUCUAACAGUGGUGAUGUACGUUGGGUUGAAUUGUUUUGUGCUUCAUAAUUGUUUUACUGUUUAAUUGUUGCUGAAAGCCAUACAAUAGACUGUUUGAUAAGAGAUUGAACUGUGACAAUUUACCCCAUAUACUGUGACUGGCAUUGUGUCUUUAAUCAAUUGUGCCUUUAUUUCAGGUCAGAAAUGGUGAAAAUGUUCACAUCUGCUUUGUAGUCAUGAUUUUAUUUUGGACUUUGAAUAAUAAACUACCUUGAGGGGUAUUUAAAGCA